AUGCUCUUCGGCCUGCCUCGCACCCUCGCACCGCCACUCUUUCGCACCCUCGCCGCACCUCGCCGCUUGACCACAUCCGCCCCACCCGCCAUGCCCAGCCCGCUUCCCAACCUCUCGCUCAGGCGCGCCAACAUUGCCCUCGUCCAGCUGGGCGAGACGACCUUCUCCAAGUCAACCAACCUCGAGCGCGCACGCGAUGCCGUACUCAGGCUGACGUCGUCGGUAACUCAGCAGCAGCAGCAGCAGCAGCAGCAGCAGCAGCAGCAGCAGCAGCAGCAGCAGCAGCAGCAGCAGCAGCAGCAGCAGCACCAGCAGCACCAGCAGGGCGCCUCCGAUGCCAAGAUCGACAUUGUCGUGCUGCCCGAGUGCUUCAACUCGCCUUAUGGAGUCCAGUACUUUGCAGAGUACGCAGAGUCGCUUCCGGGAGCCUAUGACCGCAUAAAGAGGCCGCUACCCGCCGCCCUCCCGCGCAUGGCGCCGGGCAACCAAGAGGUGCGUUGGACCGUCGACAACUCGUCCAAAGACAACCGCAUCGACCUAGACGCGCCCCAGCACCGCAACAUUGCCGCCAGCAGCCCCACGUCCGUCAUGCUCAGCCAGCUCGCGCGCCAGACAAACACUGUCAUUGUCGGCGGAAGCAUCCCCGAGCGCGACGACGCCACCGGCCGCCUCUUCAACACCAGCUGCGUCUUUGACCAGCGCGGGCACCUCAUCUCGAUCCACCGCAAGCUCCACCUCUUUGACAUCGACAUCCCCGGCAAAAUGACGUUCCAGGAGAGCAAGACCCUCACCGGCGGCGAACGCGUCACCGUCUUUGACUGCGACUAUGGCCGCUUUGGCCUCGGCAUCUGCUACGAUCUCCGCUUCCCCGAACCCGCCAUGAUUGCCGCGCGCCUUGGGGCCGGCUGUCUCAUCUUCCCGGCCGCCUUCAACACAACGACCGGCCCCAUGUCGUGGGAGCUGCUGCAGCGCUGCCGCGCCACCGACAACCAGCUCUAUGUCGCCGCAUGCUCGCCUUCGCGCCCCUCGCAAGCGGCCCUCGACGGCCAACUCACCGAGCAGCAAAACUGGCGCAAGGGCGAAAAGGCCUACCCGGCCUGGGGAUACAGCACCAUCGUCGGCCCGCGAGGAGACGUCAAGCUCAAGCUCGGGGAGGACGAGGGUGUCCUGCGCUUCACCCUCGAUCCCGAAGAGAUCAACGAGGUCCGCAAGACAAUCCCAAUCUCGACGCAGCGUCGAUUCGAUGUGUACCCCGAUGUCACGUGUGGUUAG